GGAGAAACUAGUAAAGCGAGAGUAAACAGUGAGGUAUAUUUUUAUUUUUGAGUGGGAUGUCCCUUUAAAAGUUAUGGCUAAGCUAGUACACUCCAAAACACACACUGUAACAAAUUGCUGUAGUUUUUACAGCAAAAUUAUACAGGAAUUUAUUGUUUUAACAUUUCACAAGUUAUUAUUGUAAUUCGCAAUGCAUUAUGGGUUAAACCAAGAGUUACAGUUGUUAACUGCGAAUUUCUACGGGGACUGUAAAUUAAUAUACAGGUAGGAGGUGUGUCAAUGUAGAUUCUGCGUUUUUACAACAACAUGUUGUAGUGUGGAAUUAUGGGAUUUCGCGGGCUGAUUCAGAUUUGAAAUAUGGUGAACUGGACAAGCGGGAGAAAACAGAAGGCAUUAUUCGUUAAUUUCAAGGAACUUUGGUGAAAAAAUCAAGACGUGGUGAAUUAGGUUGUUGGAGGUGACUCGAAUCUGAUCGAUAAAGAUUUAUAAAGGCAUGUCCACGUUGGAUGAGGACGUACGAGAUGCUGUAUUGGCAGUCCUACCUGGGCUAUCAGAGGAGAAACUAGUGUCUCUUUUGAACAAAUUGGCAAGCAUAGGAGUUGAAUCCAAAUCUGACUUGCAGUUUGUUAAAGAGGACGAUCUUCCUGAUCACAUCACACCAAUACAGUGUCGUCGGCUCCUCAAUGCAUGGAAUAUAGAAGACAAAACAGUUUGUGCCAAAGUAUCACCUUUAGAAUCCACAAACAUAGUCUUUGAUGUAUCACCAGUAAACUCACCAUCUUCAAAUUUCAGUUCCUCGUGUACACCAAGUGUCUCUAGCACAAACAGCUCCAGUUCAACUGUCGAUUUAACUGUAUGGCCUGAAAACUUUGAAGUUCCAUGGAAUCGGAUGUCUUCUGGUAUUAAAACUGCCACUGCACUGGGUAGACGCCCCACAGCUAAAGAACGCAGAGAAAUGGUGAGAAUCAUUGUUGAUGAGAUGAGACAGACAGAGUUAAAUCCAUCAAAAUCACAAUGUCUGAUUGUUGCAAAGAAGAUUGUUAAACAGUACCCACAAAGCUUUGCUGAUGUUUUGAAAGAUGGCACAAGAAUUGGGACUGGCUAUGGAUCCCUUUUGAUACAGCUAAAAACAAGAGUGGAGCAUGUUAAUCGUGGCUGCUCAUUUUCGAGACGCAGGAAACAAAAAAAGACCUCAAAUUCACCACCCGAGGACACUGGACCAGGGCCUACUGACCAGUAUGGAUGUGUAAGGUGGCAGCCUGAGUGUCCUGUUGAUGAUACUGAAGAAAGUCUCCAAGAAAAGCAGGAAGAAAUGAAGGACCUCUAUAGUUGUGAGGGGCCAGCUGGAGCUCAAAAAGGACAUCUAAGUCAAUUAAUGAAAGCUACAUACUACCUCCAACGUAAAUCGAUUAAUGCCUGUCCACCACCAUCCAUUGCUGAGUUGAAAAAUGAGUGGCCAUAUCUUUUUACACCCAAAGAACUGUAUAGCCACUUUAAGUCACUUACCAACAUCAGCAUUUUGGAAAGACUUGAGAAGUCCAUGGAAGAAAAAGGAAAGAUGAUUCUUCAGUUUUUCCGUCAAAAGCCAGCAGGGACCAAAACAGAUGAGAUUCAGCGAAUACUUCUGAAGUUUGAUGAUAGUGGAGCUUCAAGUUUCAUUCCAUGUGUGGUCCUUGUGCUUCUGUCACACUUUAAAGAAAAAAACGAUGCACUGAUUCUUCAGACGGAUGUGUCAGCAACAGCAGGUGAUGUGGAGAAAAGCUUGGUGCUUCCAGACUCUCCAAGACUAAUUGUCUUAGGGGACAUUCUCACUGCAACUCAGUGGAUGCUGAGCAUCGAGGGACAAGUAGUUGUUGGUCCACACCCCAAUUUCAUAGCUGGAUUUGCAGCUUUGUUUUCAAGCUACUACAACUUCAAUCUGGUGUACCAGGAGCAGGCGUCUUGCACACUCGAAUUUGUUCAAAGAUGCUUUGUUGGAAUCAAUCCACCCACUGGGACCAAGGCAGCCACAGCAAAGAUUGGAGGAAAAAAAGGUGGAAAGGUGUCAGAGAAGAGGAACCACACAGUCAAUCCUCAUGUUUGUACUCUUCUCAGAAAGCUAAUGGACUUUGAAUGGUUAAGCAUGUAAGUGAGUUCAAAGUUCAAAUACAGGACUUCUGCAAAAUGAACAAACUUGUUAUAGACACACAUUUAUAAUAUUUUGAUUGUUCAAGAACAUCUUAAAGCUAUUUGUACUUUAUUUUUUGAAAUUUUGAGAAUGUUUUUCAGCAAUGUUCAGCAACAGAAAUGUUAAUUUACAAGUUGAACUCUUAGAGUGCUCUGCUGUCAGUUUUAAAAAAAUAGUUUAUUACAAUUGUUUGUAUAGACACGUGAUGUUGUAACAUUUGGGAUAUCUUUGGGAUAUCAAAAUAUCUUAUUUACUGCCACUUUUGACACUUUGUGAAUAUAGAUAAUUUUGUUAAAAGAAAUUGUUUAAAUGUGGUAAAGUGUUUUGGCAUAGCUGAUUCACUUUAUUGAGUUUUAAUCAACCCAGAAUAUUGCUUCAAAUUUAAAGUCUUUAAUAAAAAAUAAAUACUGU